AAAUCGGCUUCCGAAUAUCUCGCGUUUAGGACGUCGGAGCGCAAAAAGAGAGAGAGAAGAAGAAGGGGUCUCCGAGCAACUUCCAGGCAGAACGCGCAGCUCCACGGGGCCUGCUCCGAGUUGGGGGCGGGGGGGUAUUUGCAGAAGUUGGCAGGACUCUGGUUGGCACCUUAGACUCUGGGAGACACCCGAUCUCUUGCCGAGCAGAGCCACGGUGUGUGUGUGCGCACCGGCCGCGCAGGGUCUCCUCCGCACCGCGCGCCCYUCUGCGCUCCGACUGUAAGUUUGUUUGGAGUGUUUGUUUUGUUGCUUUCUUUUUUUUCCACCUAAAAGUGUGAGGAAGCCGUGAGAUGACCCUGUCUGGAGGCAGCGAUCGAGCCAGCGACAUGUCGGGUCAAACCGUGCUCACGGCGGAGGACGUGGACAUCGACGUGGUGGGCGAGGGAGACGAGGAGGGCGUGGAGAGGGCGGACAGCGACUGCGACAGCCCCGGGGGCAUCCUGCGCGACCUGCGCGGGGACCACGACCUCCUGGAGGACGACGAGAUCGAGGUGGAGAAGGAGGAGGAGGAGGAGGAGAUGCGCUCCGGCGGCGGGAGCCCGUGCUGCGAGAGCUCCGGGGAGGGAGAGCCGGGCACCGGCGGCGGUAAUAAGGGAGAGGGUCAGGAGCAGAGCGCGGCGCCGGGAGGAGCGCUGCAGAAGCCCAAGAACAGCCUGGUGAAACCGCCCUACUCCUACAUCGCCCUCAUCACCAUGGCCAUCCUGCAGAGCCCGCAGAAGAARCUSACCCUGAGCGGCAUCUGCGAGUUCAUCAGCAACCGCUUCCCGUAUUACCGGGAGAAGUUCCCGGCGUGGCAGAACUCCAUCCGGCACAACCUGUCCCUCAAUGACUGCUUCGUUAAAAUCCCCCGGGAACCCGGGAACCCCGGGAAGGGCAACUACUGGACCCUGGACCCGGCCUCCGAGGACAUGUUCGACAACGGCAGCUUCCUGCGGAGGAGGAAACGGUUCAAGCGGGUCCAGCCGGAGCUGCUCCGGGACCAGACCGCGCUCAUGAUGCAGAGCUUUGGGGCGUACAGCCUCGGAGGCCCCUACGGGAGGCACUACGGGAUCCACCCGGCCGCCUACUCCCACCCGGCGGCUCUGCAGUACCCGUACAUCCCACCCGUGGGCCCCAUGCUGCCCCCGGGGGUCCCGCUGCUGCCCUCGGCGGAGCUGAACCGGAAAGCGUUCAGCGCGCAGCUCGGCCCGAGCCUGCAGCUGCAGCUCAACAGCCUGAGCACGGCGUCCAUGAUCAAGUCGGAGCCGUCCAACCGGCCGUCCUUCAGCAUCGAGAACAUCAUCGGCGUCUCCAGCGCCCCGUCGUCCUCCCCGGGCUCGGUCCAGGCCUUCCUGCGGCCUCCGGUGACGGUUCAGUCGGCCCUGCUGAGCGCGCAGUCCCUCUCUCUGAGCCGGAGCUCCGCUGCCAUCGCGCCCAUCCUCAGCGUCCCSUCCAACCUGCUCUCUGGACACGUUUUACCUUCAGCCACGGCGGCGGCCGUGUCCAAAUGGCCUUCACAGUGACUGUGCUCCCAGAGAGAGGGGACAAAAUAAAUACUCUUUUAUUUUUUUAUCUAAAGACGUUAUAACCGUGAGGGGUGAAGAGCACAAAUCAAAAAGCAGCCCUGGACUGUAAAACCGUGGAAAAAAAACAGGUAGAAAUACUGAGAUUUAAAAAAAA